AUGGAGAUCUCAAUGACAAAAGGGAGCUCAGUGAAGAGCCUUUGGUUUGUGUUAGGCCUAAUAAUAUUGGUGCUGUCGCCAGAGAUUAGAGUCGUCCAUUGCAGGGCCCUUCGUUCAAGUACCAGCACCAUCACUACCACAGGAUCCGAGCAAGUGGAUGCAACUAAAGAAUCAAUGGGCAUGGCUUCAUUUGUUGUUUCUUCAAACAACUCCAGCAGUCGUUCUUCGGUGAGAAGCUUGAUGUUUAAAUUGGCAUCUGGACCUAGCAAAAGAGGCCCUGGCCAUUAA